AUGCCGGCGCAGACUGAGAAAAGUCAGCUCAAGCGAAAUCGCUAUUCCCAGGGCGAGGAAGCUGAGCCCAAGAGAACUCGCCACUCGCGCCUGUCGCCGCCUCCUAAUGGCCGUCUUAAGCAGGGACCGUUGCCUUCGCCCGUCACCCACAAAGAAUCCACUGGAGACGCCUCGGAAGGCUACCAAGAAGGCACACAGAGCCCCCCACCCGGCAAGUCAAGUCAGGCAAAGGGCGGGCUUAGUUCGCCCCCAUCCGACACCCAGCCCUUUUCGCAGUUCGUCUACCCACCCGAGAGCCGAACAUACGCUGUAGAAGAUGAGGAGGACGAAAAGGUCUGGGGCUACCUGGUGCCCAUGGAAGGCCAGGCCGAGGAUGUCCUUGUCUUGCGCAAGCGAGAGGCCUGUCCCGUGCCUUCCGCGCUCGUUGGCAAGACUGAUGGCACAGAGCGUGUAAACAAGGAAGAGUACAAAGGUCAAGAGGAAAAAUACGAGAAUGAGAAGCAGGAGCGAGGUGUUCCGUCAGGUGGUUACCUUAUCGGUCGUCACCGAGAGUGCGAUCGAGUUCUCAACUCACCGACCGUCUCGAACCGUCACUGUCUGUUUUUCAUGGAGAAGAAGGGCGGCGAUACCAUUGCAGUGGUCGAAGACUUGUCUGGCAACGGCACAUUUGUCAACGAUACUUUCGUCGGACGGAACAAGCGACGCGAACUGCGCGAAGGCGAUGAAAUUGCCAUCUUGGACCAAGCCCGCUACGUCUUCAGGUACCCGUUGAAGCGCAACACCCACCGGUUCCGACAGCAAUACACUAUGCAAGAGCAAUUAGGCAAAGGACAUUUCGCUUCGGUAUAUCUUGCCGCAGAAAAGUCGUCAGGCGUACGGUAUGCAGUGAAGAAGUUCGAGAAGCGCACCGGUCCUGGCGAGAAGUCAAAGGUUGAGGGUCUGCAGCAGGAAAUUGCCGUGCUCAUGAGUGUCAGCCACCCGGCGCUGCUCUGUCUCAAAGACACUUUCGAUGAAGACGACGGUGUCUACCUCGUUCUCGAGUUGGCCACUGAGGGCGAGCUUUUCAACUGGAUCGUUAUGAAACAAAAACUGACCGAGGAGGAGGCACGAAAGGUCUUCGUGCAACUGUUCCAAGCGCUUAAGUACCUGCAUGAGCGCAACAUCGUUCACAGAGACAUCAAGCCUGAGAACAUUCUGCUCACAGACAAGGAAUUGUCUAUCAAAUUGGCUGAUUUCGGUCUUGCCAAAAUCAUUGGCGAGGAAUCGUUUACGACUACCCUAUGUGGAACCCCAUCAUAUGUUGCGCCUGAGAUACUGGAAAACUCAAACCAUCGACGUUACACCAGGGCUGUCGAUGUCUGGUCAUUAGGAGUUGUACUGUACAUCUGCCUGUGCGGCUUUCCUCCAUUCUCAGAUGAGCUGUACAGUCCAGAGAACCCAUAUACUCUCUCACAGCAGAUCAAGAUGGGCCGUUUCGAUUAUCCAUCGCCGUACUGGGACUCUGUCGGCGACCCUGCGCUGGAUCUUAUUGAUCGUAUGCUCACAGUCGAUGUUGAGCAGCGAAUAACGAUUGAUGAAUGCCUGGAGCACCCAUGGACUACGCAGGGCAAGAUCAGCGUCAACGACAGCACAGACGGUCUUACAGGCGCCAUCUCCAAGCUUGAUUUCUCCAAACGCAAGGUGCAGCGAGAGCGUACCAUGCUCAGCAGCAUCAACGACAUUAAGGUAUCUCGCGUUAUCAAAGGCGCUGAAGGCCAAGACCCAGUCAAGGUGUAUGAGAAGAACGGAGUUGAGAACGGCACAAAGAUGAACGGCAAGACUCACGGCGUUGCAGAGGUAAGACCUGCCGAUCAGCGAGAUCCCGAGGAGUUUGUCGAGAUGGGCGGCAAAGGCGACCAGACGCUGUAUUCAGAAGAGGAUGACGGUUCCCGUUAUGCGACGGACCAGAGCCUUGCAUCUGCACAGAGCAAAGGGAAGAUCAACUAG